UUUGCUCGAAAAGUUUUUUUGGAAAAGUUUCGCAAGAGAAAAGUCAAUUUGUGAUCGGAAAAGAUGCAAAACAGUCGCGCCUUUUACAAAAGCGCGAAACGUAACUCUCGUCUCACGAGCUUGACGGAAGAUCUCUCGGGAACAGACCCUCCUUACCGCGAAAAACUCCACAAUUUGUUCGCCCAAAUCGAAUCGACGUUCGAUGCUCUGUAUGCGGAAAAUUUAGCUUUGCAAGAAAAACUCGAAGCUGUUUACGCGAAACAGGGCGUUCCUGAUUGUACUCCCGCCAAUGUUCAAGGGCAAGGCGACGAAUCGUUGGGCACAGAUACGGCAAGCAGCAAAAGCUUCAAAUCGAAACUCGCAAGUUCAGGGUCAAAGUUGAAAACGAGCUACAAAAUCAAGGCACAAACGAGUAAAAUUGUGUCGUCGUUCAAGGCGCAUUCUGUCGUCAGUACCGCGGUGCGCGAAUAUGUCGGGCACAAAGAUGGCAUUUGGUCCGUGGCAACGAAAAUCGGGCAACCCAUAAUCGGGACAAGUUCAGCGGAUCACACAGCGUGCAUUUGGGGCAUCGAAAGCGGAAAAUGUUUGUUGCAAUAUCAAGGUCACAACGGUUCCGUGAAUUCAAUUCGUUUCCAUCCGUCGCAAGAUUUGGUGUUGACGGGCAGCGGCGAUGGCACAGCUCACGUUUGGCAAGGUUUCGUCAAUUACGAUAAAUCUGUGAAAAAAUCCGCGCAUUCAUCGGAUGACGAACUAACGGAAGCUGAAACGGAAGACGAACGAAUUGACACACUUCGAACGCCAGUUUGCGAAUUAGCAGGUCCCGGAGGUCAUACGUCAGUUGUCGUUGCCGCUGAUUGGCUUCCGGGCGGAGAUCAAAUUGUGACAGCAAGUUGGGAUCGCACCGCGAUUUUAUGGAAUGUCGAAACCAAAGAGCCCAUUCAAACGCUUACGGGACACGAUGGCGAACUCACCUACUGCUCUGUCCAUCCCUCACAACGCCUUGUCGUUACCGUUUCGCGAGACAGCACAUUUCGCUUGUGGGAUUUCCGACAAGAAAUUCCCGCCGUUUCCGUUUUUCAAGGUCACACGGAGAGCGUAACGUCAGCUGUUCUCACGAAAGACGACAAAGUCGUAUCGGGCUCCGACGAUCGCAGCGUCAAAGUUUGGGAACUGAAGAAUAUUCGGGCAGCUCUGACACACAUUCGCACCGAAAGCGCCGUAAAUCGCUUGGCAGUCUCCGCAAAUUCCGUAAUUGCAAUUCCGCAUGACAAUCGAGACGUGCGAUUAUUUGACAUCAAUGGACAACGCAUCGCUCGUCUCUCGCGAACGAACCGACAAGGACACAGUCGAAUGGUUUCCUGUGUGGCUUGGAGCGAAGAUCCCUCGGCAGUUGUGAAUUUGUACUCGGCAGGCUUCGAUAAGAAGGCCAUCGGAUGGAAUGUGCUGCUGCCCAAGGAGAAUAACUGAAAGGGAAGGAAAAGUUCAGUAGCUGAACGAUCAAAGAUUUGAAUUAAGGAAAAAAACAUUCGCUCGCGAGAACUAAAAAAAAAAAUCAAUUUAAAUUACCACCAAAAAAAUUAAAAAAAAGCACCUGUUCGUCAAUUUUAUGUCUCUCAUUUACUUUCGUAGUUAAAGAAGUACUUAAAAAAAUGUUGUACUAAAAAAAAUAACCACAGUCUGUUUAGUGCUAUAGACAUAGAAAAACAUGACAUUUAUCAAAGAAAAUAAAUAAAAAAUUAGAUUUUAGAAGAGCAAGAAACUGAAAAGAAAUCCUAUUGUUAACUAAUCUAACAAUCUAUUUUAUGUAAGAAAAAAAUCUUGUUAAAUAACUUAUAAUAAAUUAUCAAUAAAGAUCAAUUAAUGGAUGAA